ACACUAGAUUAACAUCAUCAUCUUCAUCUCAUCUCCAGGAACAGAGAGAGUCGAGAGCAAAGAAUUUUACAUUCAUUUUAGCUCUCGUCUCUCCCUCUCCACUGCACAUAUCUAAAUAACUUUGAAAAUCUUAGGAUAACAAAUUUCCUUUUUUCCUUUCUUUGUCUGUCAGAGAUAUAUCAAGCAAAUUUCUGCAUUUUUUAACAUCUUUGGAAUUCUCAUAGAAACAACAAUGGCGAAUCAAGAAUCAGAUUUUUUCAAGUCUAAGAUUACAUUAUAUGUAUUGGCAUGUUGGAUUCUUGCAGCCUUUGGUGGCCUAAUGUUCGGUUAUGACAUCGGCAUUUCAGGUGGAGUUAGUGGAAUGGAUGAUUUCUUGAUCAAAUUUUUUCCCAAAGUUCAUGAAAGAAAGAUUCAUGCAUCAGAAAACAACUACUGUAAAUAUGAUGAUCAAAUGCUCCAACUCUUCACAUCAUCCUUGUACCUAGCUGCCCUUGUAGCCAGUUUUUUUGCAUCAAAGGCAUGCACUAUAUUAGGACGUAGGCCCACAAUUCUUAUGGCAUCAACAUUUUUCAUUGCUGGUGCUUCUUUGAGUGCUGCUGCUCAGAUGAAAUGGAUGCUUAUUAUAGGGAGAAUUCUUUUUGGCAUUGGGGUAGGAUUUGGAAAUGAGGCAGUUCCCUUGUUUUUGACAGAAAUUGCACCUGUACAGCACAGGGGUGCUGUCAACAUUCUCUUCCAACUCUUUGUUACUAUAGGAAUUUUUAUUGCUAACCUUGUAAAUUAUGGCACAUCAAUGGUGCAUCCCUAUGGCUGGAGACUCUCUCUUGGCCUGGCAGCUGUUCCAGCAGUCGUAUUACUCUUUGGUUCUUUGAUCAUCACAGAAACUCCCCCGAGUCUCGUGGAACGAGGCAAAGAAGCCGAAGGCAAGGCAGCACUUAUAAAGAUUAGGGGUGUCAAUGAUGUUGAUACUGAAUUUCAACAAAUAGUGGCUGCCUGUGAACAAGCGCGCCAAGUUAAGCAACCGAUCAAGAAACUCAUGAAGCGUUCCAGCAGGCCGCCUCUAAUUAUUGCCAUUUUCCUCCAAAUCUUCCAGCAAUUCACUGGCAUUAACGCGAUCAUGUUCUACGCACCGGUUCUAUUCCAAACUUUGGGAUUCAAGGCGGAUGCCUCUUUAUUGUCCUCAGUUAUCACCGGCCUUGUGAACGUUGGUAGCACUUUUGUGUCAAUAUACGCCGUUGAUAAAGUUGGAAGGAGGUUGUUGCUUCUCCAAGCUUGUGUCCAAAUGUUUAUUUCCCAGCUUGCUAUCGGAUUUAUCCUACAUUUCCACUUGAAAGAAACAGGUUCACUUGACAGGACUCUAGCAGCAGUUGUUGUGGUACUGGUGUGCACAUUUGUAAUGUCGUUCGCAUGGUCUUGGGGUCCCCUUGGUUGGUUAAUUCCAAGUGAAACGUUCCCUCUUGAAACAAGAACUGCAGGAUUUGCCUUUGCAGUUAGUUCAAAUAUGGUUUUCACUUUCCUAAUUGCACAGGCUUUCCUGUCAAUGCUUUGCCAUUUACAAUCCUAUAUAUUCUUCUUCUUCUCUGCGUGGAUUUUUGUAAUGGGGCUUUUCGUCGUCUUCCUUCUGCCGGAGACGAAAGGCGUCCCAAUCGAUUUGAUGACAGAGAGGGUAUGGAAACAACAUCCAGUGUGGAAGAAUUUCUUCGAGGGUGAAGCGAAUAGGAGUUAUGAGCCAUGACAACAAAGUAUGUUUGAGAUGAAGUUGUUACAGUUCUGAACUAAUUAUUUUCCAACAUUAGUUUAAAAAUAAAAAAUAAAAAAAUAAAAAUUUCUUUUCCUA